AUGCGGUUCCUUCUUGUUCUGUCACUGCUUCUAUGCCUCAUCGUGAUCAGCGCCCAAAUGGUAAUACCGCCCGAGGAGGCGCUGGGCCGUGGCGGCAGAGACAAGGACAAAGGCAGAGGAGGCCGAGGCAAAGACAAAGGCAAAGGCAAGGGCAAAGAACCGGUGAUGGGCGGGUCGCAAGCUUUACAGAAACAAAUCGGGAAUCUCCAAGAAAAGGUCACCUCGGCGAAGGAAACGCUCGAGCCCUUCAAGGGCGGCAGCUUGAAGGGCCUCGUGGGCUUGCUGAAAGUGAACGAGGCGGUCGUCACGCUUGGAGAGACAAUCGACCGCACAACGGAGUCGGCCGAGGCAACGGACACCCUGUCAGCAAAGGAAUCGACGGAAAUCGGCACCCGGUUCCUCAGUCUGCAACCCGACAUCAACAACCUGUUGACCGAGCUCCAGAGUAAACGCGGCGAGUUCGACAAAGCCGGCUUCAAAAUCCUGGACGUCAGGAGCCUUAUCCGAGACUCCGUUGUCAUUCAGAAGGAUAAAGCCAGUGACUUGGGUGGUGCUGUAAGUUUGGAGAGCCCAGAAAGCCAUGCCACGGAAACUUCACCUCGAUCCCAGACUGACCCGACCCGCUGCCAGUUCACCAAGGCUCUGGACCCUCAGUUCCAGCCCAUCGCGACGCAGGUGAGCGACCAGAUCCAGAGCAACUUCACUCAGGCCAUCGGAGAAUACGAGGGCCGCGGCGGGAAGAUCAAGAUCCCGUCCAAGGCCGUGCCGCAGCUCACAGACCUCCUUGCCGGCGUGGCGAGGGCCCUCGGCAUCGGCGAUCGGGACAGGAUGGCGAUGAUGAUGGCGGCGGCCGGACCGGUUGCCAAUGCCGCCGAGGCCGUCCCGAUGACCAACUAUGCCAGCGCCGAGGCCGCCUUCGCGGAUAUCAACGCCUCCGACACGGUUCAGGCGAACGCGGCCGUCGAGGCGGCGCUUCGGGGCACGUCGGACAUGGAGCUCAGGAGGUUGGGUCCGGACGAGAACGACUUGCGUGGCAUACCGCCUCUUGUCCUCGCUGUCCUGCGUAGAUAUGACAUUAUUUAGCUGACGGGUGCGAGCGGGCCGAGCUACGGUCGUGUUCUUCUUUGGUGCUUUAUUCCCUCGACCGAUGGUUUUGGUUAAUGUAAUAUAUGAAAGCUCACUUAGUCUAGAGACGAGCGGAGCAACGAAUA